AUGCAGGCAGCUCACAUUGCUCGUCAAACUAUAAACACAAGCAGCAGUGGCGAUGGAAGCAGCGCCGUCACCGAUUGGCAAGGCAACUACCGUUUCGCUCCAAUUCGUGAAUCGCAAACUUCUCGCGCCAUGACCACUCGCUAUUUUACCGACAUGAUCAACGCCGCCGUCAGCGACAUUGUGAUCAUCGGCGCUGGAUCCGCCGGUCUCUCCGCUGCUUACCGCCUUGGUAAAAGCCGUCCCGACCUUCGUAUCACCAUUCUUGAAUCCGCCGUUGCUCCCGGUGGUGGUUGCUGGCUUGGUGGUCAAUUGAUGAGCGCCAUGGUCGUCCGAAAGCCAGCCGAUGCUUUCCUUCGCGAAGUUGGCGUUCCCUAUGAGGACGAGGGUGACUACGUCGUGGUCAAGCAUGCCGCUCUCUUUACAUCCACCAUCCUGAGCAAGAUUCUUGCCAUGCCAAACAUCAAGCUCUUCAAUGCCACAUGUGCUGAAGACUUAAUCAUCAAAGAGGAUCAGCAAGGUGUUAAACGGGUCACCGGUCUCGUCACCAACUGGACUCUGGUCUCCAUGCACCACAUGGACCAAUCCUGCAUGGACCCUCAGACCAUCGAGGCACCCGUUGUUCUCUCCUUUUGCGGUCAUGACGGUCCCUUUGGCGCUUUUAGCGUCAAGAGACUCGAAAGCGCCGGCCUCGUCAAGAACAAGGACAUGGGUCCUCUCAACAUGAGCAAGUCGGAAGACCUCAUCGUCAACAACACGCGCGAAAUCUUCCCAGGCAUCAUCUGCGGUGGUAUGGAACUCAGCGAGCUUGAUGGUCACCCUCGCAUGGGCGCUAGCUUUGGUGGUAUGCUUGCUUCUGGUGAAAAAGCGGCGUAUGAAGCCAUGAAGGUUUAUGACAGCCUUGAUAUUAACGAUGGGGUUGUGCUCGGAACGAAAGUUGCUGUGCAAUCACUUCAUGCUUUCUAG